AUGGCAUGCCAAUAUCAUCUUGUUGUUGUUGCACUUGUUUUCAUUGUUGUUGUUAGGGAAUUUGCAGUCGAAUCGUCACCUUUACCAGUCCCAUCUUCACCUUUAAAGUCGCCAUCUGUUUCUUCUCCAGCUUUUUUCCCCAAGUCCCCUUCUAUUAAGUCCCCAGCACCUAAGUCAUCUCAUCCUGGAGGCCCAAAGAGCUCUUCAAGCUCCUCUUCCCCUAGCCCUAGUCAAAGCGACAACCCUAACACCAACAAAGGACACUCUUUUGAGGUUGAGUCCUCGGAGGAGGUCUCAUCCCCUCCUUCACCAACUGCCAAUGAUGAAGUUUCUGACUCUCCUUCACCUAGCCCUAAAGGCAUGGGUGAUGUUGUUGAUAGUGAGACCUUUGCAUCAGCACCAACACCCUCUAAUGCCAUUGAAAAAAAGGCCACCACUUGCAUUGUUGGUGUUUUCCUCUCCCCUAGCCCUAGUCAAAGCGAAAACCCUAAUGCCAACGAAGGUUACUUUUUUGAGGUUGAGUCUCCUGAGGAGGUCUCAUCACCUCCUUCACCAACUGCCAAUGAUGAAGGUUUUGACUCCCCUUCUCUUAGCCCCAAAAGCAUGGGUGAUGUUGUUGAUAGUGAGACCCUUGCACUAGCACCAACACCCUCUAAUGCCAUUGAAAUAAAGGCCACCACUUGCAUUGUCGGUGUUGUAACUAUUUUUGGAUUCUUCCUCUUUUAA